AUGCCAAUCACACGCGCAGCCACGCUGGCCAUGAGCGAGGACAUGGAGGAUGGCACUCCACGGCGCGCAUCGCGCUUCAAGGAGCAUACCAACACCACCAGCAGCAUCCGCCCGCCGCCCGAGGAGCUCUGGAAAGACAUUGGCAUCGAGGACCUGAUUGAGCAGUUCAACGAGGAGAAUGCGCAGCCCGUCUCGCGGAAGAGCUCUACAAAUCAACCGUCGCGGACGUCUUCCAAUGCUUCCUCCGGGACUGCGACAUCGAAUGGCACGGGCGCUUCGUCAGCCGCAGGUCAGGGCAGUGAAGGCACUUAUGCACGUUUGCAGCGCGCCUUUGCGACCAUGUUCGGCAGCGUGCUGGGGAAGCGCAAAGCCGGCAGUACCGAGGCUGAGCGGGAAAAGGAGUUGCAUCAGCAGAUCAUGGACGAGCGCAAGAGGGCGGCCGAAAUCGCCUACUACGAAGCCAAGGAGCGCGGCCUCCUUCCCAAGCCACAGGUCUUUGUGAGGCCGAGCAUGGCCGCCAGAGCCGCUGCUCGUGGUACUCCCUCGCAGGCUGAUGCCAUGCCGCCAGCGCGCACACCACGCACGCCGGGCACGCCGGGUCUUUACCACACGCCCAGCAAGAAAGACCUGAAUAAGCAAAAGAAGCUUAGCAAGCGCGUCUCUGAUCUCGAAUUCAAACUCGCUUCGGCCCGCAAAGAGCUCCACACCGUCCUCUACAACGAUCUGCCACCCGUACCCCCCGUGCCCAAGUUCGGCCCGCCCACGCCCGACGUAACGCAGAGCGAGAACGACGAUGACGCCCGCACCUCGGCAUCGGAAACCACGCCAAAGGCCGCCGCCAAAGCCGUCAAGAAGCGCAAGACAACGGCCGCCCACGACUCGGACCCUGAAUACAAGCCCAUGCCCACCGAUUCCGAAGGCGACCUGGACCUCAUCUCGGGCGCCUCGGCCUCGGAACACGAAGACGCAGCUGCCUCCGCCAAGCGCUCGACCAGACGUGCAAAAGGCUCCAGCAUCAGGAAAAACACAAAGAGGCAGAGUUCGCGGCUGCGACGCAAGUUUUCGAGAAACAGCUUGAAGCGCGACGACGAGCCGUUGCGAGUUGUCCCUGAUGGCGUGCAUGUCCCAGCUGUGCCUAGCAUACCCAGUGAGAUUGAGGGUGCUGCAUCAGCGGUACAGCCCCGUGCCGCCGACGAUGGCUAUGGCGGGUGUGGCGAUGAGAUUUUUUAA